CACGUCCUGUUGAACCGAAAACGCGCGCUGUACAAUGGUUUCAAACACUACAAUCUGCCACCGCUUCCUUUGGUGUAUGUGUGCUCUUCAAAACUGUCAAACAAAAAAAACGCCCCUCAAAGAUACUACAAUCGCGAAGCGGUCGUCAUAAGUGCCCUGCAGGUGGAGAAACACCCGCUGACCACUCCGGGUCCCUACUCGACGCCUCCGCUACCCCAGCGGCACUUCCACAACACGGCCAUGGGGGUGGUUUCGGCCUUCCAGAUGACUCCGGUGCUGAGCGGCCGCAGCGAGGUUUCCACCUCCCGGACCGGAAGUCCGAUCCCGCGUCCGGCCAGCUGUGCCAGCGGAAGCUACUACGGCUACUACCACGGAUCGCCCCGCAGCAACGGAUUCGACAUCCGGCACAACUCGCCGAAACCGCACUCAUCGCCCAAGAUGAGACUGAGAUACCUGAAGAGCUUCUUCCCGAAGGCGGACGAAGAUUUGAUUCUGGACGUGCUGGCCAAUGCGGACAACAACGUGCAAUCGGCAUCGCAACAGUUGAUCAAGCUGGGCUACGAAAAACGAGAGCAAUCGGCCAAUCAGCGCGGCUCGUCCCGCAAGGGUUCCGAAAAGGACGCCCAAUCGCAGUCGGCGGCGGACGCCAAGCGCGCCGAAUCGCAAACGCCUACUCCUAAGCCAAAGUCGCACGACGAGAAGAAGAAAAUCAAAGCUCGUCUCCAAGCGAAAUACAAAGACAUUGCUGAACGGAUCAUCCUGAUGGCACUGGAGAGCGUAGACUACUCGGAAGAGCGUGCCAAACAGAUUCUCAACAUCGUUAUCCAAGAAGACAAAGAUAAGAAAAAGAGCGUUAAAAUCGAUGCUCCUCACAAACCGGAAGAGGACAAAGAGAACGCCCAAGCAGGUAGCUCUACGCCAAGCCGCAACAACAGUACAUCGUCCAAUCACGUGCGACCUCCGAAGAAGGGUGCCGCGUCAACACCGGACGAGCACCCGAAGGCAUCGUCGGAGGCCGAAAGCGGCGGCACCGAUCCGCAUUCAACGGCGGCCGACAACGAGAAUGCAACCGAUGCUUCCAUUGAAAUCACCACUUCCACUGCAAUCAUUAACGAUUCACCGCAAUCACCACUUUCACCGUCACAGCAGUGCAACGGCAACAAUCCGCCACCAGCAGUAGUCACCGAAGGCACUACCGAUUCGAUCACUAAUAGCAAUAGCGCAGCAACAGCAACCGCUUCCGCAACUACUAAGCAGCCAAGCCGCGCUAGGGCCAAGACUGAUCAUGCAAAAAGCUCCUCGUCCGAGGACGAACUGGAUGCGGCGUCGCCAUCGGCAGCGAUCGGAGACAAGAUGACACCCGGCGUCAACGUGCCCCGAAUCGCCAGCAAGGGUCCCAAUGCCAAACUGUUCAAGGGUCCGAACGACGAUCUUCUGCUAGCGGACUACGUCACGUGGAACGGUGCCAACCCGGACCUGGCCAAGGGAUCCCAAAAGCUGGCCCUUGGUCCGGAUCGAUCAAUCCGCCUGGACCGGGGCACGUACAAAGCCCGCGGUCCCAAUGCGGACCUGUGCAAGGGCCCGGCCGCCGGACUGGCCAAGGGUAGCAUGUACGCGCAACUCAACUGUUCCCUGACGGACGUCAAGUGCAACUAGGGACGAUUCCGGCGGAGUCGCUCGGAAUCGCCACGGCUCGCGAAACGCUAUCUGUACUACCACUGAAAAUGUUUCUUAUCUUGUUAUGAUUUAAGGUUCUGUAGCUAUUAGGAAAAGUGUUGUUGUGUCCGUUUUACCCAGUUUUACUUACACAAACCUGUCUUCUUCAAAACUUAAGAGUGCAAUAAUGUGUUUGAAUCGAAUACGAGUUGUCUUAACCUUUACGUACUAAUGAAAGCCUAUAUUUAUGGGACGUACCAAUGAAUCUAUAAAUGGGACAAGUUUUGAUUAACUUGGUGGAUAUACUUAUAUAACAAACGAUUGAUCUGAUUUUAAGAAAAAAAAGUUUAUUUUUUUACACAAAAGUAUUGUAUAACCACAACAAAAAAAUGGAACCAAAGUGUUUGGGUAACAAAAUAAGGCGGCAUGUUUUGAGAGUACAAGAAAAGUCGAUAGAUUGUUCACACAUACUAAAAACAAUCCAGAAGUUACAGAGCACAUUGUUACUAAUUACUGUAGAUCACUACUUAGCAGGAGAACACAGUUAUUAAAGUUCUUUGUAGCGGCAUCGAAAAAUAGCUCUAGAUGAACACAUACAUCGUGAAAUGUUAAAUGAUGCGAAAUGCUUCGGAUUACUUCACCUGGAUUCAGAACGUGAUGAUUAUUUUAUUACUCAAAUCAAAGCCCACUCCGAAACAUUUUUGAGAUAUUACAGGUCAGCCAAACUAUUCAGGAGUUCGAAAUUCCAGGUCUACAUUUGUAACAGUAGCCAAUUAGGCAAUACUGAGUCACGUGGCAUUGCCCUGAACCGCACUCAAGACCAAUAGACAUUGUUAUACAUUUUUGUGACAUUCUGGGUCAUCCAAACUGUCCUGGAGUUUAAUCCUCGACAUCUACAUCCAUUACGGUUGCUGUUCUCACUAAAUACUGUAACAUUUAAUAACUAUCUAUCUGUACUCCCCUUGGAACCUUGUGAACCAUCCUCUGGGAUAUUCUAGAAUCUAGGCCAACCACACUUUCUGGAGUUUAGAACUUCAGGUCUACAGUAGUAACGGCAUCCAUUUCCGCUACAUUGAGUAGUAACGCUGUAUAAUCAACCAUGUUUGCGGAUCCUUCUUGAUGACAUUUUUUUCAGCUGUUCUGGGACGUCAAAACUGCUUAGAAUAUAAGUCAGACUAUCCUGGAGUUCAGAUGUACACAUGUGACAGCAGCCAUUUGCACUUAAGUGAAUAAUGUUACACACUACGAAAAAAUCAAAAUUACUCGUGACGUAAAUUUAUUGCACAGAACGUAAACAAUUAAAUGACGUAAAUUUGUAGGUCUUCUGACAUAAUAAUACGUCAUUCUUGUAAAAUUGAGUUCAAUGUGACGUAAAUACUUUGUGAAUCGUGCAUCACUACGUUUCAUAUGACCAAAUAUUCAGUAAAAUGUGACAGAAAAUUACGUCACUUGGCCGUUAAAAUUUACGUCAUAUGUGUUGGUUGAAUAUGUGCAUCCAGUCCAGAGUGACGAAAAUUUACAUGAUUUUUUCUAAGUGUGUAGGGAUUUCACCAGGGAUAAAUCUAGGGAUUCCUACAAGGAUUUCUUAAUUGAUUUCGCUGGGAAUGUCUACACAGAUCCAUAUUGAGAUUUUCUACGGGUUCUUAUUUGGAUUCAUCCUGGGAUCCAGAAAUUCAUCUAGCAAUUUCUUCUGGAAUUGCUGAAGGAUUCCUACGAUUUCUACAGAUUUUUUUCAGAGAUUUAUCCGGUAAUCCUGUUAUGGGUUUCUUCAGGGAACUGUCCAAGUAUUUUUAAAGAAAUUUCUCUAGAUAUUUCUCCAAUGAUUCUUUAGGGAUUUCUUUAUGGAUUCUUCAAGAGAUUUUCCCAGCAAUCAAACUAGGGAUCCCCUAAGGAUUUAUUCAGGGUUUUUUCUGGGAAUUUAUCUAAGGAUUCCUUCAGCAAACCCUAUGGAUAUUGAUUUUCUCCAGGAACUUAUCUAGAAACUCUUUCAGGGAUCAAUCUUCAGGAAACUCUCGGGGAAUUUCUCUGGGGAUUCUUCCAGAGAAGGAUGCUCCGCGGAAUUAUCUAGAGAUUUUUCGAACAAUUCUUCUAGAGAUUUCCCCAGGGAUCAAUCUAGGGAUUCUUCUAAGGAUUUCUCCACUGAUUUCGCUGAGAGACAAACUCCACCGACUCUUUCUGAGAUUUGCAAGGUAUUUUUCCAGGAGCUCUUCUUUUGAUUCCUCCAGAAGUUUUUCUAUCGAUUUUUCGCCACAGAUUCCUUUAUGAAUUUCUCCAGACAUUUAUGUUGUAAUCCUAUUAUGGAUUUCUAUAGGGAACUCUCCGAGGAUUUCUCUAGGGAUUCCUCUAGCGAUUUUUCCAAAAAAUCCUCUAUAGAUUUUCCCAAUGAUUCCUCUAUGGGUUUCUCUAUUGUUUCUUCUAGGGAUUUUCCUACGGAUCAAACUAGGAAUCCCCUAAGGAUUUAUACAGGAAUUUAUCUAGCAACUCCUUCAGGAUUUCCGCUAAGAGAUGCUUUUAGGGAUUUGCUCAGGGAUCCUUCCAGAGGUUUUUCUUAAAAUCUAGGAAUUUCCCUAGGAAUUCUUUCAGAGAUAUGUCCUGCGAUUAUUUUCAGGGUUUAUUCUAUGGGUUCCUUUGGGAUUUUUUUCAGGGCUUAUCCAGAAACUAUUUUGGCGACUUAUCCCGGAAUUGUUUAAGGGAUUUCUCCAGGAAUUCCUUUAGCUUCCUCUUAACUUCUCCGAGCCGAGCCGUUAUCAUCUGAAGCUAAUUGGAAAACUUCAGGAUGAUGUAUGUCGCUUUUGCGACAUGGAUAAAGAAGACUCGGAACAUUUGUUGUGCCGUUGUCCGGCAAUUUCUGCUAAAAGAAUUAAGUUCUUCGACAAGGGGCUAAUAGAACCCCUUGAUGUAUGGAGAACAAACCCUAAUGUGGUAGUACAGUUCAUCCGAACUGUCGCACCGUGUUGGGAUCAGGCUUACAGUCAAGGUUUGAUUAUUGCUAACUCCAAUAGUAAUACGUCAACUUGACAUAGCUAAAUAAAACUGGGGCAUAUGUCACAAUAGAUCUAACAACUGGUCGCAGUGACUUAUUCAACAAGGAAUAAAAAAAAAAAAAAAACUUCUCCAAGGAUUCUUCUAGUGAUUUCCCCAGUGAAUAGGAUUUCUCUAAGCGGAAUUCUCCAGGGAUUCAUCCAGAGAUUCUUCUAGAGAUUCCUCGAGGAAUUCAUCCAAGAAUUCUUCUAGAGAAUUAUUCAGGGCUUCUUCCAGAAAUUCAGCAGGCGAUAUCUCCAUAGUUGUUCUAUGGGAUUCACUAGGAAUUCCUCUAGAGAUUUAUACAUGAAUUUUCUGUUGGGAUUCCUUCAGGAAUAUUUCCAUGAAUUUACGUACCUAUUUCUUCAGAAAAACCAUCGAUAAUUUCUCAUGACAUUUCUUCAGAAAUUUCUCCGCAUAUUCCUUCGAGGAGUUCUCCAAGGAUUCUUCUAGGGGUUUCCCCUGGGAUUAAUCUAAGGAUUACAUCAGAGAUUUAUCCAUAAAUUCUUUCAAGGAUUUCUCCAAGAACUGUGUUACCCGACGUCUCCACUAGACAGAAAUGUCUUGCCUUGUCAUGGAAGAAAUGUUCUCUCGCCGUUUGCAAUAAGAGCAGCGGUGUUGAAUACCUCUAUAACGUUUUCUCUUUAUGGCAGCAAAAUGUCAAGGCAUGUCUGUCUAGUGGAGAUGUGGGGUUAGGAGUUGUUCUAGAGGUUUCUCAAUUCAUUUCUUAAAAAUUUCAAAGCAUUAUUCUAGGGAUUCCUCUAUAAAUUUCUCCAGAAAUUCUUUCAAAAAUUUUUCCAGGAUUUUUACAGGAGUUCUUCUGCGGAUUCCUUCAGAAAUUUCUCCUGAGAUUCGUAAAAAUAUUCUUCUAUUGAUCUCUCCAAGGCAUUCAGAUUUUUCUACAAUUUUUUCCUGCAAUAUCUUUCUGAAUUUCUUCUGGAAAUUCUCAAAGAAAUUUAUUCGGGGAUUCCUUUCGGUUUUUCUCUCUGGAUUUCAACAAUAGUUAUUCCUAGGGUUUCUGCUAAAAUUCCUCCAAGGGUUUCUUCGGAAGUUGUUCACGGAUUUUCUGGAGGGGCUCCUUCCGGGAUUUCUUCCAGAGAUUUUUCGUUCUUGCUCCAGAAUCCUUCACGAAAUUCCUCCUGUAAUUCCAUCAGAAAAUGUUCGUUCCCAAUGGGAAACUUCCCAUCUUCUACAGUUCUUUUCCGAAAUGUCUAUAAAUGUCCAUAGUUCUCACGGUUUCUUCCGCUGUCGGGAUGUCUCUAAGAGUUUUUCAAGAUUUAUAACCGAGUUUCACCCAUAUUCUUCCGGGGUUUCUUCCUUUGGGGAUUUCUGCAAGGGUUAUCAUACAUUUGCAAGCAGAUACAUUCACUUGCUGCCUCUGAAACAUCUUAUUAAAAAUCAAUGUAUAGAACCCUUUUUCAUAUUUGUUUUACCUGGAACGUUGUAGAACAAUAUAUUAGCAUAGUAUUAAUAGUUAAGUUAACACGAGGAAGCAAACGCAACUCCCUACGGCGUGACUGUAAUUUACAUUCACCACGUUGCGAGAUGCCUUCACAGCUCACUCACGACUUUGGUAUGUGUUUGCGACCCUUAUGUUAUUCACGAAUGUAAUUCUUCUUGUAAUUUCUUUCAGAGGGGUUUCCAGGCUUCUCAUCAUAGAUGUUUCCAGGAUUACUUGCAACGAUCCUCCUGAAAUUUUUUAGAGAUUCUCGCGGCAUCACUACCAGAGGUCUUUCCGAAAUCCUUACCGGAUUAUUCCCAUCAGGGAAAACCAACAAAGUUCCUUGUAAGAUAUUUUCGUAGAAAUAUCGUAAGAAAACCAGGUGAAAUCUUGCGAGAAACUUUGGGAAGACAUAUUGGAGACAUCUCGUUAGGAACUUCGGAAGAAAUUCUGAAAAAUUCAAAAAAGCUUCAUGAGUAGUACCGGGAAGAAAUCCCUGGAGGAACGACGAGCGAAAUCUCGAGAGAGACUCCAGGAGAAAUCUAUGAAAGAAUUCCUUGGAAAAAUUUUUGCAGAAAACUCACCAAAAUCCUGGGAUAAACAAUCGGCAAUCCAGAAAAAACUAUUACUACUCUUGCUACGUACUACAUGAGAGAUAUUCCUGAAAAAACUUUGGAUAAAUUUUUGAAGGAUCUAUGGAUGUAAUCCAACGAGGCACUCAGAAAGUAUAUUGGGAAAACCUCUGGAAGAUAACCCGGGCGGUACUCUUGCAGGGACUGAUUUCUGGGAGGAAUUCUUGUAUAAAUCUCAGAAACCACACGCAGAAACUCCGGAAGAAUCAUCGGGAAAAUCUCGGAAAUCUUAGGAGCAAAUCUGUAUAAAUCCUAACUCAUGAAAGAGUUUACUAGUGAUCAUCGGAUAAACUUGUACUUUUAUCAUACCGAAUACUUUGUUUCUAGUAUGUUCGAAAGUUGUAGUUAAGUAAACUCGUUCCUAUUCUUACCGAGUAGUAUAUUUACUAUUGGAAUUUUCUAGAGAUUUAUCCAUGAAUUUCUCAAGGGAUUCAUCUCUAGGAUUUCCCAUAAAAUACUCCUAUAUUUUUUCCAGCAAUUCCUUCAGAAAUUUCUUCACGGAUUCAUCUAGGGAUUUUCAUUGAUAUUUCCUCAAGGAUUUUCCGGCAAUAGUUAAAUGGAUUUCUCCUGUGAAUCCUCUAGUGUUUUAUCAAGCAAUUCUAUUUUGGACUUAUCCAAGAAAUGCAGUAGGUAUUUCUCCAAUUAUUUCUUUAUAGGUAUUUCUCCGGGAAUACCCCUAAGGAUUUAUACAGAUAUCAAUCAAUAAAUUCUUUGUGCAUGGUAGAAUACGUGGCAUUACUUUAAAUCAAGGUUACUUUCAAUCACCCGGCAAUCGUUUAACUCAUUUGGCUAUAACUCAGUUCAGAAGCUUGUUAUUAUAAUGUGUUGUUCGGCAAACUUGUAUGGUAGUGUUUUUCUCACAAUUGUCACCAAGGACCAGAGAUGCCAAAUAUACAGAUUUUUCUGUAUUAUACAGAUUUUUAGAGGUUGAUACAGACAGGAUACAGAGUACAGAAAAAAUACAGAUUUCAUGAUCAUGAUACAGAUUUUUCCUCCACAUAUUUUUUCCUCAUACAUCCACGCAAGAUGGAAAACAAAGUAAUAAAAAUUAUUGAGAGUACAAAUCCAUAUUGUUCAGAUUUAAACACAAUUUUCAAUCAUUCCAUUCAUUAUUCCAUAAGAAAUUUUUUUUCGACUUAAAUUUACUAAAAAAAAUAUUACGAAACAUAAAACGUCCUAGAUGUGCAAUAAGCAUAUGUGAAGGGCGGGCAAGUUUUUCAGCAAGUUUUUAAAGAUAAUGUUGUUGUAUGAAAAAAAUAGAAUAAUCUACACUCCCGAUCAAAAGUUUAGGGUCACCCCCUCAAAAACAUGUCAUUUUUUGGGCCCAUAUCUUCGCUAAUUUGCGCCCGAUUUCAAAACCCUAGGUUCUAUUCAAAAGAUAAUAAGUCAAAGAAACUUUGAACAUGAUUUAAAAGAAACUUUUUCAAAAAAAUUUGUAUGUAAACUUAACCCAAUGUUGCCAAAUUUUCUAAAAAAUGAAUAUAAACUUACGGCAGUGUCGCUGGAAUUUGGGUCGACCAAAUUUUAAGAUGAGAGCGGUAAUAUAACCCAUUUUCUAUUAGCUUUCAACUGCUUCUUAUAGAACUUAGCUAAAAUGCCAAAAAAAAAAGUUAUUAAGAAAAUUAGCUCUUCAUGUCAUCGACCAAAAGUUUGGGGUCACUCCUCAAUAUGAUGUAUCAGCCAAAAGUUUAUAGUAACUUUCGUAAAACAUGGAAAAGUGAUUUGUUGAUAUCUUCGUCAUCUAUAAUUCCAUUUUAAUUAUGUUUGGCUCAUUCCAAAGAUAAUUUACUAAAUUUACGUUUGAUGUCUUCAACUUAACGUAUUUAACGAUUUUUGUAUAUAAAAAUGUUAUGUAAAGUUAGCACAUUUUACCACGCUUCAAAAAAUGAGGCAACUUUACGUUAUGUUUUAGUAUGUAAAUUUCAACAAAUAUGUGUGGUUCAAUGUCUAUGCAGUAAGAAUCAUUCAUUUUGUUUCAAAUAAGCCAAGAAGAAUUAAAAUUGAAUGAAAGAUGACAAAGAUAUCAACAAAUCACUUUUCCAUGUUUUACGAUAGUGACCCCAAACUUUUGGCCGAUACAUCAUUUUGAGGGGUGACCCCAAACUUUUGGUCGAUGACAUGAAGAAAAAAAAUACUCAAUAACUUUUUUUCUAGUUUUUUUAGCUAAGUUCUGUAAAAAGCAGUUGAAAGCUAAUAGAAAAUGGGUUACAUUACCGCUCUCAUCUUAAAAUUUUGUCGAACCAAUUUCCAGCGACACUGCCGUAAGUUUAUAUUCAUUUUUUAGAAAAUUUGGCAACUUUGGGUUAAGUUUACAGACGAUUUUUUUUUGAAAAUUUUUCUUUUAAAUCAUGUUCAAAGUUUUUUUGACUUAUUAUCUUUUGAAUGAGACCUAGGGUUUUGAAAUCGGACGCAAAUUGGCGAAGAUAUGUGCCUAAAAAAAAUGACAUGUGUUUGAGGGGGUGACCCCAAACUUUUGAUCGGGAGUGUAUAUCUUUGCUGAUUUUCAUGAUAUGUAUUGGCGUUUGCUUGACAUGUGAAAUAGGUUUGAUAGGAAAAUUUGUGCUUGAAAUACUUUAUGUUCAGUUGGAAACUUUGCUAAAGCAAAAGACCUGGUUAUCUUUAUGCACUUCAUUCUUAUAUGUAGAAAGUUAAUAAUGAAAAAACUUACGAAUAAUGUUUUUGUUGAAAAAUUGAAGAAUAAUGCCAUUUUUUAUUUAUUAAAAUAUCGAAUCGGACCUGGGAAGAAUAACUAGCACACACCUCUGCAAACUACUAAGUUACAAUCUAUAAAAUUGUGUUGAAGAUCAAAAAUCGAUAGAGCUUUUGGAAACUACAGAGUACGAAAAUAACCUGCUAAAAUAUGAUGCAUCGAGUUUAACAAAAGUAACCCGUCAUAUAAGACAGGAAUUUUUGAACAAUUUUAACGUAACCUUGCAGAUGUCUGUCAGAAAACAAAGAAAAGAAUUGCGAACGCCAAUUGAACUCAGGUCCUUUGAGUGUGAAUAUCACGCCCUAGCACUUUCAGCUAUCUUAGCUUGUUGACUCACAGAGAAGAUGUUUUACUGAAAUUAGGUAAAAGGCAGAGAGGUGCCUAGUGUAUGGACAUCGGUAAUGGAAAGGGUAUUUUUAAAAGAAAUUCUUGCAGAAAUUCCUAGAGAAAUUUUCAGAGGGCAUUUUUCAGAUAUUCCUCGAUUAAUUUCUCCAGGAAUUCAAUUGAAUAGAUUUCUAUGGGUUACUCCUAAAACUCCAGCAGGAUAAACUUUACACACUCUUAUAGAGAUUUGUUUAAAAAAUCAUCGACAAUUUCUCCAGGGAUCCUAAUUUUCCAGGGAAUAUUUCUUCAGUCUAUCAGAUAAUUGCUCGCUAAGUUAUUGCUCUAGAGAUUCCAUUGAAAAUUCCCAAAUAAAUGAAGGAAAUCAGGAAUUCGUCCAAAAUUCCUUCAGCGAUUGUUGCAUAUCUGCUUUUAGUGAUUCAGGCAUUUAUUCCUCCAGAAAUUCCGGCAGAAGUUUAAAAAGAUUCGGAACUUUCUGUAAGGAUACUAUUUCUUCACGGAUUCUUUGAGAAAUUCAUUCAAAAAUAUUUCCAAAGAAUUUCUACGGAAAUUCCUUUAGAAAUAUCAGUAGAUUUUAUUUCUGGGAUCUUAGCAAAUGUUUUGUUUUGUUUUGUUUUGAUAAAUUUUCAGAGAUAUGACUUAGAAAAACUCCUCAGAAAAAAUUGAAGGAAUUUCUCCAAAAAUAUUGAAGAAAAAAUACAUUGGGAAAUACAAGCAUGAACUUAUGAAGAUAUUUUUUGAGAAAUUCCAUGAGAAACUCCCAGGAAAGUCCCAGGGAAAAUUCCUGGAAGAAUCCUUGGAGAAUUUUUCAAAGAAAUCCGGCAACGUAAAAGUUCUGAAUUAUUAGGAAUAUACAUAUUAAUUUUACUUUGCAAAAUCAUAUCGAUCUGCUACUUGUACCAUUGAGUGAAAACUUACUGCAAAUAGAAAUGUUCGUGCAAAGUUCGGGACACAAAAGUAUACAUGCUCAAAAUACAGAUUUCUUUUGGGGACUGACUGGAUUAACGGAACCUUGGUGUAUUUUUUGCUUUCAGUAACAUUUUUUCAAAAUACAGACAAAUACAGAUUUUCUAAAAUCCUGAUACAGAUUUUUGAAAAAAUGAUCUGGCAUCCCUGCCAAGGACAUCAUGUAGUAUUACCUAGUCAUACUAAAUGAUAGAAAAAUUCAAUCGUUCAGUAACAGCAGGUGAUACUAACACUUUUACGUAUCUUCCAUCUUCAUGUUAAUAUAACAGUUAUAAUAUGGCGUCCUUGGUGAUGAUUGUAGGGAAAACACUACCCUACAAGUUUGCCGAACAUCACAUUGUAGUAACAAGCUUUUGAACUGAGUUAUAGAUAAAUGAGUUAAACGAUUGCCAGGUGAGUGAAAGCAUCCUAGCUUUAAAUACUAAAAAGUAUUCAUUACUACUGUAGAAUCCCAAUUCAGAACUCGAGAACUGUCUAAAUGAUUUCAAUAUUGUCAUAAGUAUGCUAUACUUCAUGUUACUGAGCUUCCUGUAUAUUCCUUGCUUUGGUUGGAAUGUUUUUAGAUAAAACUACAUGCCAAAGUUCACAAUACAUUGAUUUUCCUCAAAGAGUGUUGGUCUCCUCACCGCCUCUCGAUACCACAACGAUUAUCAAAACCCAAUCGCAUCACCUGUUGGUACCUCACCAAAUAUUGUCGUGGUUGGCUUCUUCGUGCGCACUAGCACUCCGCGUGAAGGUUUGAAGCGCAUCCGCGACUUGUCGAUUCGGCACAAACUGCGGGUUCUUCUUAGAUUCAAUUUCACCUGACUUCUCGAGCCAAAUGGAAGUGAUCAGUGAAGCAUCCCUGACUACUCAACAACUCUGGGAAGGGCCUGGAUACCAAUUCAUCGGAUAGAAUGAGGCUUCACUAUUCCUUUUCCGAGAGUGUUAGUUGAAAUUCAGAGUUAGUAGUGUGAUUUCGAAGCUUGACUAACACUCAUCUUCAAAUUCCGUCGACAACUGAUUUGUAUUUCCAAGGUUCAGGGCCAUUUAUAGGGCAUCUUGGUCUGGCUACCCACACUUACUUCUAAUGUCUCCCUCACCACAAGACGGUUGCGCUAUGUAUUCCCUAAGUCUUUUUUGGGAAUUUUAUUACCCUGCCGGCGGUCGUCCCUUGGCCCUUUUUCUAGUUAUCGCUGCCGGUCCCGUGGAACCUAAGCAAAACGAGGUUAGGGGAUUGUUUCUAUGUUGAUCAGUUACCUACAGGUAAGCCGACUUGCAACCUAAAAGGGACGCAUCUCCGCCUGCUGACAAAGGGUAAUUAUCCCCGCAUGUGAUGACUUUUUCUUUUCGGCUGACGCAACCUCUGCUUUGGCCGAGGUCGAACUUUGAGGGCCGUCACGCGAACUUCUUUGCAUCUUGCAUGCUCUGCCACCGCUUUUACGAUUUCAUCAAAUUCCUUUGCCUUGUCGAAGUCGCAAAGUUGCGCUGUUUCGCCUACCCUGGUAACAAAGGCGAGAUCUGAUUCUUCCGACUUCUGUUGCAUCAGAACUAGCUUACGUCUCUGGAACAUUAUGUCGGACCCGGAACCAAAGUACUGCUUGAGUCGGUGGAGUGCAUUUGAAAAGGGUUCAGUGGUCGCAUCAGGAGGAUCUAUGUCGGACCUCGUAUUUCUGAACAUCGUUAACAGUCGAGGACCGGCCUUCACUUUGAAGACAGUGAAUUUCGUAUUCACAUUUCACAUUCACGUUAGUAUAUCACCUUUCGAAAUCUUGUCCACGACAGCAUUAAUUUGACUGUAAAAGUUCUCUUUGUCUUGCAAUUCGGCAGCAUCGGUUGGCACGUAACAUUUGAUCAUGGUAAGGUUUCGAACCCGUGUUCUGAAUCUGGCUACAAUUAUCCUCUCAUUAAUAAGUUCCCACUUCAUGAGCGCUGCGUGGGCGUGAGCACUGGGCAGGAAAGCAGCUCCACGGUGGUGAGGAGCGUGUUCACCUCGUAGGCCAGAGUAUAGCAGAAUUUGACCCGACGCCAAUCUGUGUUCUCCAAAGUUCGGCCAAUGGACUUCGCUCAGUCCUAGGAUAUCAAGCUUCAUACGGCAUGCCUCAUUGGCUAGUUGUGCCAGUUUACCCUGCUAGGCUAGGGUUAAUACAUUCCAGGCUCCAAUUCUUGUCCGUUGUUUAGCGCUGAAAGUCGUUGCCGUUGAAUCAGUUCGUAAUCUUUCAUUUUCGGUUUCAGUAACGUUUUUUUUUUGGGUUUCGGAGACAGUAGGUUGUUGGCGUAAGGUCCCCUAUCCACCGUGGUGGGGCUGCCACCAUAGGAAUAGCUUCCGGUGGAGGAGCAUUUCAUACUCAGCCGCUGGAUGCCAGAACAGACGCUGUUUGAGCCGCACCUCCUUGGUGAACAGACGCUCGAGACGUACCUCCUCAAUCUAGCUGAAGUCAGAAGAACAACAGUGCCCAGACUGCAUUACCAGCUAAGCACACAACUUUUAACUGGAGGUCUUUGUAAUCGCUUGACCCGUGGAAGCAUGAGGUAGGAACUUGUGAGGACCAGAGCUAUGUUGGACGCUCUCCUUUUCGACUCACCGUUUUGCAGCAGAGAUUUCCCCUAAAACUAUUCUACAAAUUUCUCCAGAAAUUGCCUUAGGCAUUUUCAGGAAUUUCUCUAGGGAUUUUUAUGGAUAUUUCCUCAAGGUACUUUUCCAGGGAUUUAUCCCGCAGUUCGUUUAGGCGCUGUCCAUAAACUACGUAGACUUAUUUUUGGUCAUCUCAGACUACUGCUUCUAUUGCAAUCGUGACAUCAUGCUAGUUUGAGAACUGACAAUUCGUUUGACUACGGUUGUCUUUGCCUUCGGAAAAUCUAUAUAAUCCAUAGUGUCUACAGGUAAAACUAGUCUGCAGUUAACCAGCGAUAUAACGUUGAUUGGCUAUAAGGUAUCAAGGAUCAUUCACAAUUUACAAUAUUCGAUUGAGGGAGACCAUACUUUUACAUAAUAGAAAUAAGUAUUAUUUUAUAUACAAAUCAGGAAAGUUGAGUUCAUCAUGAAGUUCAUACUCACGAUUUACGUAACAGCUCUGUUGGGUUUCACAGAAAUGACCAAACUAUUUGCGGCUGUCAAAAUGCGGCAUCGCAUUUUUCGAAAACGCUGAAAAGAAGAUAAAAAUGCCAAUCAUUCAAAAUGUCUCUCAAACAAGGUGAAGUUCAUAUGAAGAAUUCCGCAGCAGUUAUCAGCUAGCAUAACUCUUACGACGCACUAUAAUCAUUUAUCGUAUAAAGGGGAAAUAAACUAUAUACAGCAAUCAGAAACUUGAUAAUAAACCGCUUCCAAUGCCAAAACUUCUGUGAACUACAAAAGCUAGAACUCAGAGGUACGAGUGCUCUAUGCCAGGUCCAACAAAACCACAUCAAGAAGGGAAAAAACAAAUGCCUUUCUCCAAAGAUUAAAACAACCUUCAGCAGAUUCCAGCACACUUUACACGAAAAACAAACAAACGAUUUAGCAAAAUUCGAACUCGUAGAAUGUUACUAAAAAAUCGACAACAAAAGAUACUCGUUCGCUGCUUACCAUCUUCAUGUAGGGAAGAAAGAAUAACAAAAAAAACUAAACUAGGAAUGUUAUGUAUUUUUAUACGCGUAGUGUUUGUGAGUUAUGUAAAAGAGGAAAAACAAUACUAAUCAAACUUUCCAAUACAAUCUUGACUAAAUGAUAACGAAAAUGUUAAAUUACAUGUGAUAACGAAGCUGACAUGUUUCCAGCAAUAAUGUCCCAUCCCAACAAUAAUCCGAAAUCGGCAAAGUCACUUGUUUGGAACUCUCUAAAGCUAAGAAAACUGAAAUGUACCUAAUACGUCCCAAAAACUAAGUAAAAGAAAAAUGAAAACCCCUAGAGCUUCAUCACACUUAAAUUCUGACGUCGUUCUCAGCAAACUUUGGACUAAUCGGAUGUUUCCAGAAAUCGUUUGUCGUAUCUCAGUAAAAGCUUUUUUGUUGACUCUGGAGCUGUUUUAACGCAGAACAAGAACGAAAGAAGAAAUCGAGGAAUUUUCAAGAAUGUCUGGUGGAAAUUUCGAAUAACUUUUUGUAAAAAUGUUUACAUUUUGAUCUGGGAUUAUUUAAGAAAUCAUGAAAUCUGAAAAUAUAAGGAAAUUUCAUUUCCACAGCCACACACCUCUUUGCUGAGAUCGACGAUAAAAUUCAAGUGUGCUUCCCUCGUACAGCAUAGCCUUUAACUUGAAAUCGAUCAUCGAUCCAUUUACACCCCCCACUCCAAACGCCAUCGAACUGUGGGAGGAAAGAUCACACACAUACACACCAUUGCGUCCAUCUUUAACGAGUCAGAAUCUCACGUUAGUCAAAUUGAUACCAAGCCUAUGCGUUAUAAUAACCAAAACUAAAAGAAUACUUAAAUGUCAUCCGACAAGAAACUAUUCCAAUGAUUUAGCUUUUAAGGUGACGGAAUAGCAUCCAUCGUGUAUCAUACGAAACACAUUACUGUACCAAUAAAGAUUCAAA